AUGACAGAUUCAUACGUUUCUACUCAAGAUGGCGACUUGGCCCCUGCUCCCAACGGGGCGGCCGGCGCGUCCACUCCUUCCCUCGCGACUCCUGGAGGCCACAGUGCAGGCCUCUCGCCUAUCAUUCGCAAAAAACUCAUGGGCUACGUUGGAUUCUCCAACCUGCCGAACCAAGUUCAUCGCAAGAGCGUGAGGAAAGGCUUCCAGUUCACGGCCAUGGUAGUCGGCGAGUCUGGUCUAGGAAAGUCUACGUUGAUUAAUACCCUCUUCAACACACCGUUGUACCCGCCCAAAGAGCCACUUCCACCCAGCGCUGAACGGCCCAAGACUGUCGCCAUCGAGAGCAUAAGCGCCGAUAUUGAGGAGAACGGUGUGCGCCUCCGACUCACUGUGGUGGACACCCCCGGUUUCGGAGACUUCGUCAACAACGAUGAGAGCUGGAAACCCAUCGUGGAUAACAUCGAAUCGCGCUUCGACUCCUAUCUUGACCAGGAGAACCGUGUCAACAGGCAGAAGAUUGUCGACAACCGAGUCCACGCUUGUCUCUAUUUCAUUCAGCCUACCGGUCACUCUUUGAAACAGCUUGACAUCGAGUUCAUGCGCCGACUUCACAACAAAGUCAAUCUUAUCCCAGUUAUCGCGAAGGCUGACACUAUGACGGACGAAGAAGUCGCUGACUUCAAAGCACGGAUUCUCGCUGACAUCGCGUACCACAACAUCCACAUUUUCCAGGCUCCUGCAUAUGAGAAUGAGGAUGAGGAGAGCAUCGCCGAGAUGGAGGAGAUCAUUAGCAAAAUACCUUUCGCUGUGGUGGGCUCGGAUAAGCUGGUCAAGACUCCGGAUGGGCGUGAGGUCCGGGGUCGGGCUUAUCCAUGGGGUGUCGUUGAAGUCGACAACGAGGAUCAUUGCGAUUUCGUGAAGCUUCGUCAGAUGCUCAUUCGGACCUACAUGGAAGAGCUCAGGGAACACACCAACAAUGUGCUGUACGAGAACUGGCGCUCCGAAAAACUUCUCAGCAUGGGCAUCGCACAGGAUUCGAGUGUGUUUAAGGAAGUCAAUCCCGCGGCCAGGAUGCAAGAGGAACGCAUCAUGCACGAGGCUAAGCUUGCGAAGAUGGAGGCUGAGAUGAAGAUGGUCUUCCAGCAGAAAGUCCAGGAGAAAGAAGCGAAGCUCAAGCAGUCGGAGGAGGAGCUGUAUGCUCGUCACAGAGAAAUGAAAGAGGCUCUUGACAAGCAGCGCCUCGACCUUGAGGACAAGAAACGUCGUCUGGAGAGCGGACGACCACUCACUCCGGAGAAGACCAGCACGGGCCGGAAGAAGGGCUUCCUUCGUACAUAG